AUAUUUAUAUCGUGCCUAGGAUGGCAAAGAGGUGAAGCAUACAUGCUAAGGUUUUCCAUGCUAGGGGUUUCUAUCAGUACAUUGUGAAAAGAUGGCAAAAACUAGGGAUCGAACAGAAGAUUUCAAGGAUGCUGUCCACACUUCGGCUGUUUCCUCAGGAUACACUGAGUCCAAACUGGCUCCAGUCAUGGCAUCUUUCAUCAUGCGCAAACCUACACAGAGGUUGCCAUUUACAAAAGCUUCACUAAAGACGCUUGAAAGCAUAAACGAAUUGGAGCAUUUUAUUGUAAGGCACCAAAAGGAUUAUUUGAAUUUACAUCGUACUACUGAACAAGAAAGGGACAACAUCGAACAUGAAGUCAGUGUUUUUGUUAAAGCAAGCAAGGAACAGAUUGAUAUUCUAAAAAAUAGGAUUUAUGAUGAGGAGAAGCAUGAAAAUGCAACAAGAUGGCUUCCCAUUCUUAGUGAUGGUUCCCAUGCAGAUGAGGUAGCUCACAAGCAUGGUGUGGUUUUGAUUUUAAGUGAACGACUUCAUUCAGUUACUUCUAAGUUCGAUCAACUUAGAUCUAUACGGAUUCAAGAUGCUAUUAAUAGAGCAACGCCGAGACGAAAGAAGCAUUCAUUUCCCACCACCAAAUCACAAGAAGUGCUUAAAUCUGAUUUUACUGAGCCUGAAGGCCUGGAACUUUCUAGUGGGCCUAUUAGAGUGCAGAAUCAACUGCUUGACGAUGAAACACUUGCACUUCAGGUAGAGUUGACAAGUCUGUUGGAUGCCGUACAAGAAACUGAAACUAAAAUGGUUGAAAUGUCAGCGCUGAAUCAUCUCAUGUCGACUCACGUCUUGCAACAGGCUCAGCAAAUUGAGCUUUUGUAUGAGCAGGCGGUGGAAGCAACAAAGAAUGUAUGUGGAGUGGGCAACAAGGAGCCGACCCAGGCUCCUCCUUCGUUCCCGUGCUUGGAUCCUUGGCGAACUGCCCGGCCAGUAAUCAACGCUGCAACUCCUCCAGUUAAGCUUAAUCGUCCGUUGGCUUCGCUUGCACCCUCCUCCUUCGUCGAUGCUUGA